AUGGGCAACGAAGAGAGCUCCGUCGUUGACGACUCCGUCCCACCUGCUACUCUCACAAACCGCACAAUCGAGGCCGUGGCCGACUACAUCAAGUCCGGCGCCGCAGACAAGAUCGUAGUCAUGACCGGCGCGGGCAUCAGCACCUCAGCCGGAAUCCCAGAUUUCCGGUCCCCAGAGACAGGCCUCUACGCAAACCUCGCGCGACUGAACCUCCCCUACGCAGAGGCGGUGUUCGAUAUCAGCUACUUCAGAGAGAAGCCUGAGCCGUUCUACACAUUAGCCCACGAGCUCUACCCGGGCAAAUACCGACCAACCAUCACGCACUCCUUCGUCAAACUCCUCCACGACAAGGGCCUCCUCCUCAAACUCUUCACGCAAAACAUCGACUGUCUCGAGCGCGAAGCCGGCGUCCCGGACGACAAAAUCAUCGAGGCGCACGGCUCGUUCGCGCGGCAGAGCUGUAUCGAGUGCAGAGCGCCCUAUACCGAAGAGGAGAUGAAGGCGCACAUCGAGGCGAAGACGAUUCCGAGGUGUCAUAGUUGUCAAGGGCUGGUGAAGCCGGAGAUUGUGUUUUUCGGCGAGCAGCUUCCCGCGGAGUUUUUCAGGGCGAGAGACCUCCCUGCGGAGUCGAAUCUGGCGAUUGUGAUUGGGACGAGUUUGACUGUGCAGCCGUUUGCGAGUUUGCCCGGGAUGGUGCAGGACGGUACGCCGAGGAUUUUGCUCAAUAAGGAGCGGGUGGGUGGGCUGGGAGGACGGCCGGACGACGUUCUAGUUCUUGGGGACUGUGACGAUGGGGUGCGAAGGCUUUGCGAUGCCCUGGGGUGGCGGGAUGAGCUCGAGGCUCUGUGGGCGGAGACGGCGCCGAAGGCUUCUUUUGAUUUGGGCAAGCAGAAGGAAGCGGAAAAGAAGACGAGAGACGAGGCGCUUGAGGAUGAGGUGGACAAGUUGACCAGGGAAGUCGACGAGACGCUGAAUCUGUCCAAGUGGCAUGAGGAGAAGGUGAGGAAUGAGAACUUACCGAAGGGUGUGUCGGAGAAGGUCGAGUCGAGCGUGACGAAGGCUGCUAAGGAGGAGAAGGAGGGUCUGGGUCAUGUGUUCAUCGGCGGUCCGAGAGUCGAUAGCUUCACUCCGGCGGAAGGCUCAAAGACGGCUGAGGACACGAGGAAGGACGACGAUGGUUCAAAACUGUAG